AUGGAAGAUAUAAGAUUGAAUGAUGAAGACAGUUGUUUCAUGGAUACUGAAAUGGAUCAUCAAGUGGUGGAUGAAGAUACCGAACCUCCAGAAAAUUUAGAGAAAAAUGAAGGUACACGAAAAACCAGAGCUCAUUCUAGUCGUAGAGUAUCUAAGUGCUGGAAAAAGUUUACCAUAAUAGGUGGUAAACUACCUGAUGGAAAGUAUGACGUUAGGUGCAAUUAUUGCAAGAAGCAUUACUUUUUAGAUCUUCACAGAAAUGGAACCACCACUCUACUUAGGCAUAUGAGAGUUUGUGCUAAAACCCCUGGAAGUACCCCUAGAAGCUCUCGGAAAUUGGAUAUGGAUGUCUUCCGGGAAAUGAUAGCAAUGGCUAUUAUUGAACAUAACUUGCCAUAUUCUUUUGUUGAGUACAAAAGAAUCAGAAUGGCUUUCACUUAUGCUAAUUCUACUAUUCAGUUUUGGAGUAGAAAUACAGCAGCUUCUGAUGUUUUAAGCAUCUAUGAGAAAGAGAAACAGAAGCUUAAGAAAGUCUUGUCUGAUAUUCCAAAUAGGGUGUCUUUAACAACUGACCUUUGGAGGGCCAUUACCAUAGAAGGAUAUCUUUGUUUAACCGUUCAUUACAUUGAUUCUCACUGGAAACUGAAGACGAAGAUUCUUUCUUUCUUUGCAUUUCCUCCUCCACACACAGGAAUAGCUAUUUCGAUGAGACUGAUUGAAUUGCUAAAAGAAUGGGGUUUAGAAAAGAAAGUCUUCUGUCUGACUGUAGAUAUUGCUUCUUCUAAUGAUUCUAUGCAAAGCAUUAUGAAAAGGCAACUUCAGAAAGAUCUAGUAUGCAAUGGAGAGUUCUUCCAUGUCCGGUGUUCAGCACACAUUCUAAAUCUUAUUGUGCAAGUUGGAUUGUCAGUGAUUGGUGAAGCUCUGCACAAGAUUAGAGAGAGUGUGAAGUUUAUAAAAGGGUCUGAAAGCAGAGAGAUUAUGUUUCAGAACUGCAUGGAAACGGUUGGAAUUCAAGGCAAAGAAAGUCUUGUUUUGGAUGUUGCUACACGCUGGAACUCAACACAUCUCAUGCUAGUUAGAGCUUUAAAGUUCAAAUAUGCUUUAGGUAACCUUGCUGAUGUAGAACCAAGUUAUACAAGUUGUCCAAGUGCUUUAGAGUGGAGCAGAGCAGAACUGAUAGCUGACUUCUUGAACCCAUUUUCUGAAAUGACGAAGCUUAUUUCCGGCUCUUCAUACCCGACUGCAAAUUUGUACUUUAUACAGGAUUGGAAGAUAGAAAACUGGUUGCGAGCUCAUGAACUGUCUACUGAUGGGAUUAUUUCUGAUAUGGUGGAAGUUAUGCAAGAGAAAUUUGACAAAUAUUGGGAAGAGUACAGUGACAUACUAGCAAUUGCAGCAGUUCUUGAUCCAAGAAUGAAAUUUGCAGUGUUGGAAUACUGUUACACUACUUUGGAUCCAAUCACCAGUAAGAACAGAUUGCAACAUGUAAGAUCAAAGAUGUAUAAGCUAUUCAAAGCUUAUCAAAAAAACCAAAGAAACAAUGUUGCUGCAGCCACUUCACAGACUUUGCCAGAAGAUAUUCCUGCCGUGACUUCUGAUGAUGAGUCUUAUGUUUCUGCCGGUUAUGAUGUGUCAUCUAGUUUGUAUCAGGGAUUCUAUGCUUUUUUUGCUCAAAAAGCUGGUGGUAGUGGAAAGUCUGCUCUUGAUAUGUAUUUGGAUGAACCCGUUAUGGAUAUGGUUGCACAUAAAGACAUGAAUGUGUUAACAUAUUGGAGGGACAACUCUUCUCGUUUUAAGGAGCUGUCUUGUAUGGCGUGUGAUGUUUUGAGCAUUCCAAUAACAACAGUUGCCUCAGAAUCCUCUUUUAGUAUAGGUAGUAGAAUACUUAAUAAGUAUAGAAGCUCUUUAUUACCAACUAAUGUUCAAGCCUUGGUUUGUGCAAGAAACUGGUUAAAAGGCUUUCCAAUAGAGGAUGAGACAGAAGAGGAGAACAAAGAGGAGGUCGAAGAGGAGCAAGAAGAAUCUUAA